GUCAGAGUCUAUGGUAGCAGGGAAAAGCGUCAGAGUGAGAGCUCUCUGAUCGUCCCUGCUCUCUGCGGUGUAACCGGAUCAGGGCAGAGCAGAGGGACGUACAGGAGGCUUGUUUGCCUCCAAAUGAGCCAAUGAGACCGGCUGCACAUGAGACUGACAGCCUGCCUCAGCGAGCCCGGAGACGCCAUUCUGGUCUGGCAACCUCCCGACAGCCAAUACGGAUCCACGACGGACAGGAACGGAGGGAAAAAACAAAAUACGAAUUUUGCUUCCUGGAGGUCAAAACGUUACCUGUCACCUGCGACACGGCGGAGUCUCUGAGAGGAGCGAAGAGAAGAACAGCCACAAAAAUGGCUCUGUCACAGUGUCUGGACGACUCGCCUCUGAGGCUGGGUCCCAAACGGACCGGGGCCGACGACCUGAACCUGCAGGAGGUGUACAACGAGAGACACCGACUGGCGCUGGAGGAGCUGGUGUCAGGGGGUCCCGACAACUUUCUGGAGUUCCUCAGGAAAGAGAGGAUCCCCAACUUUCUGUCGGAUGAUGAGAUGCAGCGGAUCCGGAGCGCCGCUGUGCCCGCGCGGUGUGUGUCUCUCCACGGGGAGGACCUGCAGGCGCUGGAGCAGUCGCUCAGCAGCUCCCUGGACUGCUCCUCCGUCACCUACUUCCCCGAGGUGUCGGAUGUGGAGCCGCCGCUGCUGGAGCUCGGUUGGCCCGCCUUCACCGCCGGCUCCUACCGGGGGGUCACAAGGGCCGUGGCGCACUUCCAGCCCAGCUAUGGGGAGUGCAUAUAUAGCUGCAAGGAGGCUGCGAGACGUAUGAUUAAAAGUGCCAGAGAGGUGAUUGCCAUAGUUACAGACUCCCUGACAGACCUGGAUAUCUUUAAGGAUCUUCAGGAGGCAUGCUCUCUCCGCAAAGUCCCCGUCUACAUCCUGCUGGACCAAUCAUGUGCUCCUGCUUUCCUCAAGAUGUGCAGAAAUGUCGGUGUGCGGUUGGAUGACCUUCGGCAAAUGAAAGUGCGAACCAUCACUGGUACAACCUAUUACAUGAGAUCAGGAGCGAGGAUUACUGGGGAAGUUCAUGAGAGGUUCAUGCUGAUUGAUGGAAACAGAGUGGCUACAGGUUCCUACAGGUUCAACUGGACUGAUGGCAAACUACACAGCAGCAACCUAAUUGAGCUCUCUGGUCAGAUAACAGAGAAAUUUGACGAGGAGUUCCGCAUCCUCUACGCCCAGUCUCAGCCUGUAAACACUCGAGGACCUCCAAGUGUCCGAAACAGCGGCAUCUACGAGCAUCUCCUCAUCAAACACUCGGUCACUUCCUCCCCUUACCUGACCAGAGAGAGGCCUGUGGAGCCGGUGUGUCUGACCAGCACGCCCAGCCGCAAGCCCCUAAACGUAGCUGUCCAGCCCCUGUGUGAACCCACGAUUCCAGAUUUCCGUAAAACCAACCCAGUGUCCGACUCCUCCACCAUAGGAGAGGACUGGACGGGGCAGCAGCACAUGCAGGAGGAGAUCCUGGCUGGUAGCAGCACUCGGUGUUUCCCUGCAGAUCAGCUAGCAGAGGAAGAUCCAGCGACCCCCAGCAAUGCCCCCUGCCACGCCUCCACUCAGACCACUCGGUCAGUGACAGACAGUGACACCCAGACUGACCUCAAGCUCACACAACACCCCAACCUUAUCACACCAAUGAGUACAGUGCCAAACCAGGCCACCUCGCCCUCCUCAGUGUCUCCCAGGCAGAUCUCGCCCACCCAGGCAGCUCCAGACGGUACCUUAAAGGAAUGCUUCCAUAAGCUGACCAAAGAGCGCCAGCACCACUACUCCGCUAUCCGAUCCAAGCUGGAGCACAUGGUGACCACCCUGUCCCAGCGGCGAGAGCUAGUGGACGUCACCAACAUGACUCAGGGGCCUGGCGCUCACAGCAGGCAGAGGGUACACAAAGACUGUGAGCAGGAACCAAACCCCAGACUGCUUGUUGAAAGUGCGGGCAUGGGCACAUGGCCAAGAGCCAGAUGUGUACACUAGUUUGUCUUCAGGGAUUUCGCUGAUGGAGGGUAGUGGGGGGAGAGCUAUUGCAAGGUUUCUUGUGGAUCCUCUGUUUCAAAUAAAUGGUUUUGGCUUUUGUAGUAGAAUUACAGCUUUGUUCUAUUUGUCUUUUAGGCAGCGCCCACUUUUGUCCUUUUCCUUCUGUGUCCUGUCUGUGUCAAAGCAGUUUUUCCUUUAAUCGUAACGUGAAUUGACAGAAAUUAUAUUUUUUUUCACCAAAGAUGUGGUACUGUAAUAAUUUUUGACCACCUCGAUUUCAUGAAAAGCAUUUACCGAGGCGGUUAGGACUGGAUAAUAUCUGCUGUAGUAUGAGUGAAAAUGCAUUGAAGUGCUGUUUUUGGUUAUUUAAUCACAUUUGGCUGCUGUUACUGCAUCUACUGAACAACAUUCCAGAGAGCAGCUGGCUCUCACUGCAUCUUUGCAAAUAAACAAAGUAGUA